ACCUUUGCCUACCACGUCACCAGCUAGCUCAUCGGAUACCCUUUUAACUUCACUAAACCCAGAUUACACCACCGGCCAAACACCAGCUCUCAAUUUCUAGUUUCGUCCAAUUUUUGAAUUUCUUGUGUGUCCACACUACUUUUACUCAGCCCAACCAUGAAAUUCUCUCUGCAAUCAAAAUCCUCUGCAAAACCUAAAUCAAUUCAACCAAAAUUCGAUGACGCCACCAACAACGACCACCAAGAAUCCAAACAAUUACAAUUCAUCACCCAAUUCGACGCCUCCGAAACCCUAGCCCGCUCCAACCAACCCAAGAAUCCCGUAAUCCCCCCUAUUCCUAACCAAUGGAGGCCCCACAAGAGGAUGAAGAAUCUGGAACUUCCCAUCACCUCCAAAUCCGAUGCCUCCGGGGCCCUCUCCUUCGAGCUCGAAUCACAGGACCCCUCCCGCCACGGCCCCGAUUCCAACAUCUCCUACGGUCUCAAUCUCCGCGAGAAAUCGGAAUACAAGGACGAUGGUGAACGGCUACGAUCUACUGCUCCUGUUCCGGUUGAGGCGGCGUUGCUCCAGAAGCUCAAGGACGACCUGGAUAGGCUGCCGGAGCAUCGCGGCAUGGAGGAGUUCGACGAUGUCCCCGUCGAGGGCUUCGGCGCCGCCUUGCUCGCCGGCUACGGAUGGCACAAAGGGAGAGGGAUCGGGAGGAACGCCAAAGUGGACGUGAAAGUGGUUCAGUACGAGAAGCGGGCGGACAAGCACGGCCUAGGGUUUAUCAGCUCCGACGAGAGAGACAAAGAGGAGGAGGCCAAAGCCAAAAGGCGCGACACGGAAAGGAGGUCCUCCAACGCUGGCAAACAGAGUACGCGUUCGAAAGUAGUAGAGGAAGAUGAAGAAGAACCGAAGAAGGCAAAGGCGAAAAAGAGUGGACAAGUGUCGUGGCUGAAGAGUCACAUUCGGGUGAGGAUAAUAAGCAAGCAACUCAAAGGAGGAAGACUCUACUUGAAGAAGGGGGAGGUUGUGGAUGUGGUAGGACCAACCACGUGUGAUAUAUCAAUUGACGAGAGUAGAGAGCUCAUUCAAGGGGUCUCCCAGGACCUUCUUGAGACGGCGCUCCCUCGCCGCGGGGGACCCGUGCUUGUUUUGUAUGGUAAGCACGAGGGGGUGUACGGGAAUCUGGUUAGGAGGGAUUUGGAACAAGAAUCUGGCUUGGUUCAGGAUGCCAAUAACCACGAGUUGCUCCGUGUGCCACUUGAACAAAUUGCUGAGUAUAUUGGGGAUCCCAGCUGCCUUGGAUAUUGAUCACUGUCUAGAUGUGCAAGAGAAUGAUCAGAGUUUGAUGAUGUUACAAUUGAAAUGAAGCACAAACAAGGUUGGUUUUAUGUUCUAGUUCAUUCUCCUCUUUAUCAAAUAUAUAUGAGUGGGCCGGAUAUCAUGUAAUGCAGAGCAAGACACCUGUAGAUGUCAUUUUAUGUAUAUGUUUGUAUUACCCGCAUGUAUUACUGCUGCUAGUUGCAAAUGGAAGGUGUUUUUAUUCAUUUUUGCAUUACAUUGUAUUGAUUACCUAGUGGAAAGGCAAAAAUGAAUCUAAUGGUUAUUUUACUGUACCUAAAAGAAUUUGCUGAUGAGGUUUGGUAAUGUAUUUGUUUGAUGCAUGACCUUGUAGAUGCUGAUGAAAGUUUUGGUUUUCAAAUUAGAAAUUACUUGUUAUAAAAGAUGGGUGUCUUGCAUACAACCCUAGUUAACUUAUGAAGAUGGCUCUUCUGGCACUUAUACCUAUAGCUGCAGUAGCCAGCAGGUAAUGCCAAACAACUAGAUGAGAUUCACAUAAAAAGAUGCUGCGCAAUCUACAUGAUGGAUUGGUUUUAUAGAUAAAUCUAUGGUUUGACUAUUUUAGGAACUGUUAAAAAUAUUUUGAAAGACAAUU